AUGGACAUCUGCAACACCAAAGGGAUUAAGAGUGCGUUGCCGGCCUUUAAAAUAGGAACUUUUUUGGCAAUCGCCGUGCCGAUCGACAUCCCGGACAAGAACGUGUUCGUAUCUUACAACUUCGAGGCAAACUACAGCCCGGUCACCAAUAUCACGCAGAUAGACGAAGUCAUCUUUCCUAACUUACCGGAAAUCAGCCGAAGACAUAGCCGAAGUAUCACCAGAGAAUUAGCUUAUACAGUGUUGGAAGCAAGAUUCAGGGAACACGGCAUGAAAGGCAAAGAAUGCAUGUUGCGUAACAUUUGCGAAGCUGCGGAGACGCCACUGCACCACAACGGGCUGCUUGGACACAUCAUGCACAUCAUUUUCACACCGUCGACAUCCCGCGAAGAAGGUUUAUCGGACGCCUACUACCAAGCAGAGCUAGAUGGCCAAAACCAGGACUGCGAUAAAUAUUUAGACCUCUGCCCGUUCAGCGUCUUCGAUGUGAUUACCAGGCUGGUGGAAUACCAACAUUAA